UCCUACACUGGUUGAUGCGAGGCUCUACUAGAAUAUCUUGAAUCACAUAGAAUUUGUGUGAUUAGUAAUCAAUCAAGGUGAAGUACAGAGAAAGUAAUGGCUGCACAGAAAAGGCCACUUACAAAGAUGCUAUGCCCACUUCCUCCCACUGGGCAUAAUUUCCGAGUUGGAUGCCUGCAUCUUAGGAACAGUCAAAGGAUAAAGCCAUUGCAAGCGUUCCCUCAGGUGGGGGAACUUCCUGCUGUGGCAGGUUUAUUGCUUUAUCCGGAUAAACGUGAGAAGAUGGUAACAACAUCAGAAAUAGCUUUUGGCCCCAAACCCUAUUCCAAGACAGAACCAAAGAAGAUUCGGAAGUGCAAUCUGAUACUGGAGGGGGAUCAAAGCUACAUAACAACCAACCAAGAAGCUUUUCCACCUCAAGCUUUACACGGUGAUCCUUUAUUAAUGGUGAGAAAAUUUCCAGCCAGACGUGAAAGAACUCCAACAGCACGCUACCAAACGCACUACCAGCAGAACUUUGUCCUACCACAGUGCAUUUAUGGGAGGAGACUUCAAGCCAUACCACACCCUGAUAACCUUGCAAUCAACCCAGCAUUGAGGGCUGACUUUAAGACAGUCCAAAUGGAGACCUACCCAGGAUGGGACAUUUGUCUUCAUUCUCGUCCUCUUCCGGCUCAUCUGAAGGAGCAAUUGUCACUUAAACAGAAGACACCUAAACUGUGUACCACUACAAAACUUGCUUCUGGAUCAACAAAUUCUUCUGUCAACAGCAGAUGAUCUGAAAACGUCCAGGCUGCCCACCAGACCCACAAAAUGAAGAAGACAUUGGACCACUCUCACUUGGAUCCCUGCUGCUCUGCUAUAAUGAGUUCCAGAUCUAGCACAAUGUUCAAGACAUGAUCAGGCAAAAAUCCAUUUAAUGCAAUUUUCCAAUUUACUCCAAAUGUAGUACAUCAGAUUUUUUUAUGAAUGUACAGUUCAUGAAUGUGCUAUAAUUAUAGAAACCCGUCACCCCAUAUCAUUUCGCUAUAAUAAUAAUUUUUAUUUAAUUCUCAUGGCAUUUUCAUAUACCCACUUCCAACUAUUAUUUAAAACAGACGGUCAAUAUUUACAAAGUUGGUUCCAAGUACACAUUUAUUAUUAAAAUUUAAGCUGAAAACUAAAUGGUAGACUGGUACCAAAGUAUGCAAAAAAUAUAUAUUUUUUUGGCUGAAAAAGUCAAUACUUUUGUCCAUAUGGUGCAUCUUAUCCAGGACAGAUAAAUCACUAGGACAAAUACUAUGUGGACAAAAGUACUGGGACACCUGAACCUUUUUUGCCAUAUGUGGUUCUUCUCCAAACUGUUACCACAAAGCAGGAGGCACACCACCGUAUAUGACGUCUUUGGAUGCGGUGUAAUAAAGUUUUGCGUUCACUUGGACUUGGAAACCCAAACCUGUUCCAUCAUGGCAAUGCCCCUGUGCAUGAAGAUCUGUUGUACAUGCUUUGGAAAGGAAGAACUCUCAUCUCAACCUUAAUGAACACAUUUGAAUUGAAAUGGAACACUGACUGCACCCCAGUCCUCCUCACCUACAUCAGUACCUGGUGUGGCUUGUGAACACAAAUGUCCACUCCAAAAUCUAGUGGAAAUCUUCCCAGAAGAGUGAAAGGAAAUAGAAGAGCAAAUUGGGACUAAAUGCGGAAUGCGAUGCUCAAAAG